CAUUUGUUCCGUCAGCCACAGAGCGUAAUUAUAUCCACAAUUAAUUCACCUCGAGUCCCUGGCUACUGUCUACAGAGCGCAUACAACGACAGCUCUUAAGAGCAAACCACAACCACUUCGUCCUCAUCACUUGCAAGAGACAGAUACAGUAUGACACACACGCCGGUGCUGUACCUCGACUUUCACGAUACGCUUUGCCCGCCGGCUCACAUGAUGUCAGAGAAGCCAUCAUUUGAACAGCCCUCUUCGCACCACUCACCACGCAACGAUCCCUCUCAGAAGGCACCCAUUAGCAUGUCAUACACACCGAAGAUACCUUCGCCGCUGCGUAAUGAAGUUUUGCAGCCUCUUCAAGUCGAAGUGCCGUCCACCCGGAAAACUCGCUCUUUUCUACCCAGUCAAUCCCACAUGGAAGAACUAUUAGAUGGAAAACCUCAAGCGGCUCCUUUAGCUCCUACUCCACGAGGAUAUUUCGAGGGACAUGCGCUUGGGAGCACCAUGACUACAGUAGCAAAACAGACUUGCCACCGCCCGCAUCCAGGCAGUUUUAUGGCCUACCCGAUCCGCUCAAUCCUGGAUACCAGAGCCCAAGAUUCGAAACCCGAGUAUCUCAUCGAGUGGUACGACCACGAGGGUCUUCCUCCAUGGUACCAAGGCGGCCGCCAGGUGUGGGUGCUGGGCGAAUGGGUUUCUUGGCUGAACGAUUACAACGCAUUGACUGAGAAGAUUAAGCUUGUCCCCUUCUUGAGCCCAAUAGUCCCUGUGAUGUGGAAAGCGAAACUACAGCGAGAUGAGGAAGCGAGGCAGAAGCGACUCCUCAUGUUACGCUCGAAGUGGAACGCAAGCGGAAGCCCGGUGAGGCUUGACGAAAUCGCAGCGGCGGCCGACGCGCAGAACACAGACCCCGAUCUCCACUAUUGCUCUGAAUGCGCGACACGGAAACAUCAUAGUGAGUUUGUGCGGCCAGAUCUCCGGACCGGACGGGAGCGUUGGCACCAAGGGAAUUGCAAUCAAUGCACGGAGGAAUUGAGAAAGAAGAAAGAGGGGGAACUCGAGAAAGAGCAAGAAGGCGGGAAAGAGCAAGAACUCGAGAAAGAGCAACAGGCUAUCGCUGAAAUGAAGGCACGCAUGGCUCAACCCGCGAAUGAAAAACAAGAAAUACAAGCGAAAAUAUCGGAACCGUUUCAAAAUAAUUCCAGAUCCUGCCUCCAAAUCAGACAACGAGGGCGAAGACUCCGAGAACGCCUACUUUGCCGACGAUUAACAUGACUCGACCGAUAGCCUCGAUAUCAACAUGGUAGAAAGGGAAGGCGCUGGCGAUGUUGGCGAUGAGC